AUGAACAAAUCCAAGACCGAGCUCUUCACCUCAGGAGUAGGCCAAAGCGAAUCCAAUGCUAUUGUGGGCUAUGGAUUCUCUACUGAGUACUCUCCCUUGUUAGCUAAGAUCACCAAAAGCUUCAAGUCAUGGUCAGCCAAGCUUCUCUCCUUCGCUGGUAGACUGGAACUUCUCAAGACAGUUAUAUUUGGCACAGUUAACUUCUGGAUCUCGGCCUUCGUUCUUCCUAAAGGUUGCAUUAAGGAGAUUGAAUCGAUCUGCUCUCGAUUUCUUUGGUCUGGAAAUAUUGAUAGAAGAGGCAUAGCAAAGGUAGCUUGGUCGACGGUUUGUCUCUCUAAAGACGAAGGAGGACUAGGCUUGAGAAGCUUCGUUGUCUGGAACCAAGUGUUAUGCUUAAAAUUCAUCUGGCUGUUGCUAUCUAGGUCUCCCUCGCUGUGGGCUGACUGGUACUGGCACACUCACUUGGCAGAGGAUUCAUUCUGGAAAAUUGAGCCUUCAGCAAAUGACUCUUGGGCGUGGAGAAAGCUGCUAGAUCUUCGUCCUCUCGCUGUUCAGUUCUGUAAAACGACUCUAGGAAAUGGACUAGCUACAAGCUUUUGGUAUGAUGUUUGGACUCCUUUGGGUCAGCUCUCCACGGUAAUGUGA